UUUUCAUUUUUUCAAGCUUUAACUUUGCAAAAAUUAGUUAUGUGGAAGAGCAGGACAAAAGAGACGUCUAGGCUAGUGAAGAGAAAUCAGAUAUGGAAAAUAGCACAAAGUUCUGUCAUAAAGAGAGCUACUGGGCGAUAGGAUCUAAUCUUUCAAUAGGCACUAUGUUAGUCAAUCUUUUUUAUAUGUUUAGAAAUCAAGUAAUUACAAAUGUGUCAAAAGAAAACAUGCUAUAAAUGCAGUUAAAAGCAUUGGGGUUUUGAGGGUCAUGUACCCAGUUUUAUCUGAUCCUCUGAUUUUUUCCAAGAAUGGGCAAAAGAUUUUGCAGAAAAUCCCUAGACAUGAAUACCCAAUUACCUAAAUAAUCACUAAAUAAUGAACCUUUCAAAACUCUCCCAUCAUUUAUAGGUUUCUUCCUCUACUACUUAAAAGGAAUUUCAGUUAAAGAAAAGCUUUGGUAUUAACACAACAUACAAAUGCUUUCCUCACACUUUCUUUCAUACAACCCUGAGAUUAAAUACAAAAUCUGUUUUAAAAAUAUUGAUAAAUAUUUUUAUUGGAAAUAUUUGUCAUUUUUGGCAGAUACCGAUGAAUUAAUUUAUUUGCAGAGAAAAGAACACCAUUUGUAUAUGUAAACAGAGUCUGAUAAAGGAUUUAUGGCCACAGAACUCAUGAAGGGAAAAAAAGUUUCUUGUAAGCCUGUGAGCAGCUGGAUUUGUGUCAGUCCUAAAUUUAUGAUCUGCAGCUGUUAAAUGUGUGGUAGGAGCUUUGUCUUCUAAAGCGUGAUGACAGUGUGAGCACAAGGCUGAGAAAAAGGAAACAUAGUGCUUUGAGAAAUGAGACUGUCCGAAUGUGGCAGAUGGUACGUGAACAAUACAUGACAACAACACCAGGCACGAGCCUAGAGAGGCCGAAGAAUGAAUACAUCUACAAAAUUGGAAUUUAUGGCUGGAGAAAGCGUUGUCUCUACCUGUUUGUUCUCCUCCUGCUUAUCAUCCUAGUUGUGAAUUUUUCUUUGACAAUUUGGAUUCUUAAAGUGAUGUGGUUUUCCCCAACCGGAAUGGGACACCUGCGUGUUACAAAAGAAGGCCUUCGACUGGAAGGGGAAUCUGAAUUCUUAUUCCCUCUUUAUGCCAAAGAAAUCCAUUCGAGAGUGGACUCAUCACUGCUUCUCCAGUCUACUCACAAUGUGACUGUGAAUGCUCGCAAUUCAAAUGGGGAAGUCACAGGCAGAUUGAAUGUGGGUCCUAAAAUGGUAGAAUUCCACAGUCAGCAAUUUCAGAUCAACUCAAAGGAUGGAAAGCCACUUUUUACAGUGGAUGAAAAUGAAGUUGUAAUUGGCACAGAUAAGCUUCGAGUCACAGGGCCUGAAGGGGCACUUUUUGAACAUUCUGUAGAAACACCGCUUGUGAAAGCAGAAGCUUUUAAACAGCUUAGGCUGGAAUCACCAACUCGAUCUUUGAGCAUGGAUGCACCACGAGGAAUUAAUAUCAAAGCACAAGCUGGGAAUAUUGAAGCGCUUUCCCAGAUGGAUAUCAAACUACACAGCAGUGAUGGCGUGCUUUUGCUGGAUGCUGAAACCGUGCGACUGCCCAAGCUGCCUGAGGGUACAAGGGGUGGAUCUGGGAUUUCUCAGGGGCUCUAUGAAAUCUGUGUGUGUCCAGAUGGAAAGCUCUACUUGUCAGUGGCCGGCGUGGGCUCCACUUGCCAGGAAUACAGCCGAGUCUGCCAGUGAGGCGCCCCAAAAGGCCACACACCCCCUUGGGCAUCUGGGUUUUGUAUUACUCCUAAAGAGCAUUACUGAAAGCAUAUUUUUCAGCAUUUUAGAAACAAAGUACUUACAAUUUAGGAAACAAAUCUGCAUCUACAGUUCUGGAAUACAGGGUGUAAGGGGAAGAAGAGCACAAAUGACAUUUCCAUUUCAGAAGAAUGACUUGAAUCAAAUUACAUGUUUUGUCAGUAACAUUUGGAAAACAGCCUUACAGAGAGUAUCAAAAAUAAAACAAAUAUGUUUCCUUGCUGAACUAUUAUUUAGUCAGAUGAUUAUGUCGUUGUUCAUAUUUUUGAGAUCCAUGGGUUUUUCCUCUCACUACAUGUAAACACUUACUGUAUUAGUGGGUGAAAUGAAAUUGAGAGAACUACUUGAAUUAUUUGUAAGACAAAGCAUUAUUUGGAAAAUUCAGAAAGUGCCAGCAAAUGGUCUAUGCAAUUUUGUUCUUGCAAUAACACAAGAUAGAAAAAUGUGGUAUUUGUAUGAGUUCUGUGUAAAAGAUGUUAAUUUGCUGAUAGCUUUCUGUUUUAAUUUGGCAACACAUAUUCUGAUUUGCUUCUUACUGAGAUUCAUACAAAAAUAACUAAUGCAAAAAGCUCCAGAAGUCAUGAAGGCCUCUCUGUGUCUCAGAUCCAUUCACUAUAAAACAGAGAAAUAUGUUAGUGUAUUUUAUAAUAGCAUUGUUUGUUCUACUGCCUGUACCAUCAUAUUCAUUCAAAUCCUUUUUUAUUUUAGGGCAUGCUAAUUCAACAAGGCAAUCUGUUGUGCCAGCUGGACUAGUAAACAAAAAAAAUGUGUCUUCAGAUUGUCUGACACAAGGAACUCUUUGGGCAGUGGGAAAAAAUCCUUUUAUGCAGCCAACAGAUUUUGAUUAAGAGGAAUAAUUCAUUCCCAUCUGCACCUGUUUACUGGUAUUUCUGAUCCUGUCAGACUGGGACUCCAUCACAAACAGAGAGAGUAAAACUGUUAUUAUUUUUACAUUAGGAUUUUAGAUAAAAAAAUAAAUGCUCACCAGAGCUGACAAACCGUUUAUUGGCCUUGUAAAGAAACACAACUGCAGAUCCAUUCCCCUGUACAGUGUUGCACUGAACACAAAUAAAUUGUUUGCACAUCUCUGGGUAGCAAGAUUUGUAUUUAAUAGUCUGUUGUUUAAACCUCAUGGGUUUUUAAUUCCUUUGAUGCUGUUUUGUAUAUACUUUAUGAUCUUAUUAUCCAGGAAGGAGCUAUCACAUAGUGCCUUGGCGUCUAUUUACAGAAGGAUUUUAACCCAUAGUGUUAGUAAACCACGAAUGUCCACCUUUUGGAAAAAAAAUAAUCACCAUCCUUAAAACAAAAGAAUCGGGACAAAAAAACUACUAACAAACUUGCUACUUCAGCUCUGGUGAACAAGGGAAGAAAACCAGCACUUGGAUGAGAUCCCCAGGUACACACAAAAGCCUGGGCUGAGAAAGAGAGUCCCACGUUAAUAUUUUCCGCUAUUAUUGUGGCAAAGCCCAGGGCAGUCCCUGUUUCAAGGGCUGCCUUUGCAAUUUCUCCAAGAGUCUGAUGUACAGAACUGAAACUGCCCUUCAGCAGCAGGGUGGAGCCCUCAGCAAUUAAUGCAAACUCCCAAGAACUCCAGUAGAGCGAUUAGGAAACACUUAAGGUGAGCUUAGGCAAGUGAAGCAAGGGUUCACAUGUUAUCUGGAGAGUGCUCCAACUGCUCUUACAUUGCCUAAAGGAGAAGUAGGAAGCCACACAUCUUCCAUAUCUGAAAUUGCCUUUUCUUGGACUUAGACUCAUUCACUUACUCUGUGUUCAGGAGUGAGUCCAAGGCUGUUGGCCAUAAGGAGAGAAAUGUUUAUCUCCACAACUGUAUCUCUUGACAAUAUCUGUCUCUAAGGCUAAGCCCUCAGCUGAGGUACACUUUAACAGAAACCUGUCUUCAGUAUUCCUUUAAAGUCAGUUUAGGUGGUUCCAGCUCCAUGCACAAGCUUUUACAAACCAAAACACAAGCAGACUUCAUUGGAUAGAAAGUUUGAGUACUGAAAUAAAGGUCAGCAAAUACCAUUGCAUGUGCCAGAUACCUAAAAACUGCUGCUAGGCAUAACUUGGAGAACUGUAAUGUCACCAGUCUCUUACAGGUGUAGUAUUAACAGCAAAACUGGGACUUGAGUCCUUAGAAAUUUCAGCCAUUGUUCUGACAUCAAGGAACAUAUGCCCAUUUCCGUGGAGUAUUGAACAAAUAAUUCACUAUUGUAACCCCUAAAUAUUAGCCAGAUACUGCAAAAUAGUUAAAAUCUCCUUGUUCUGCUGGCAGUAGAAGCACAUCACUUCAAGUUAUACAUUUUAAGCUUUUGUUUUGGAGGCACAUUUUCAAAUGUGAUUUGCCAGUUAAUUCACAGCAAGGGACCGAACUGAGGCCUUCCAGGCAAAAAUAACCUGACCCCUAAAGAGCUAGGAGAAUCAGGGUGCAGUCCCCUGGCUGGUAACACUAUUAAGCAGGAUGGCACUUCAUUUAGACACUGCAAUAAGUACCACCUUCCUUGUGGAAAUAAAUCUUCUGGACUUGCUUCAUUUCACAGGUGGAGUCUAAGUAGUACCAAAACCUAAAGAGGUCUGCUGUACCCUCAGCACUGCCAUCACACAAAUCACCAAUGUGAUCCUUUUCAUUGCUUAAAUUUGAUUCUUCUUUUCAUUAUGCUACAACACUGACAUCAGAAGUAUUGUUCCAUUAUAGAAGUUGUGCACAUAAAGCGUGGCUGGCGACAUCUUGUUACUGACUACUUUUUUUCUUUUAGGUGUGAUUAGUAGAGAAACAAAAUUUAUGCUAACAUUACCAGAGUAUUGUCAGCUGAUGCUACAAUCUGAAUGGCUGUUAAUCUCAACAGAGGUCACACAUCACUAAAUUAUAAUUUCUGAUAUCUCUGUGUGGAUGUCUAUUUCCCCCUCUUUAAUACUUCAAAAUUACUGUUUCUACUUGAAUCAAACUUUAGUAAUUAGUUAGAGUAACAGAAAAUUAUGGCACAGGGAAGUGAGAGUAUGCAGUUCUCUAGUUUAUUUCCAAAAGCAUUAUCCAAAUGGAGAAGAGAAAAAACAUCACUACCAGCAUAGUGAACUGAUUUGUUUGCAUAUUUACUCCCUCAAAAAGAAUUAUUUACAGCCGUUCUUGCAACUGGUUGCAAUUGUUACAGAGUGGAAAAAUGAUAGAAAAACUUCACUGGUGAUUGCGCAAACACAAGCUUUUUUUGUCCAUUUCACAAUCCUUUAGUAUUUGCAGUUGUCUUAUCUUUAUAUAGCUUUAUGCAAAAGGAAAUUGCAAGAAUUGGAAACCAAGUUCUUGAAUAAACUUUAUACAUUUUGAACAGUCUGCUUCUGCUUUUGUAUUCAA